CGGCCGCACGCCGCGGUCGCGUCGAUUGCGUCAGCGCUGCGACCGGAAGAGCGACGGCGAGUGUCUGCGCGGCGGUCGGGCGGCGCUUCCGGAUCCCGGGCUUGCUGCGGCCGCGGACAUGGCCAACCAGUACAGCAUCCUCUUCAAGCAGGAGCAAGCGCACGAUGACGCCAUUUGGUCGGUCGCGUGGGGGACCAACAAGAAAGAGAACUCCGAGACUGUGGUCACAGGGUCCCUGGACGACCUGGUGAAGGUCUGGAAGUGGCGUGAUGAGAGACUGGACCUGCAGUGGAGCCUGGAGGGCCACCAGCUGGGCGUGGUGUCCGUGGACAUCAGCCACACCCUCCCCAUUGCCGCGUCCAGCUCCCUGGACGCCCACAUCCGCCUCUGGGACCUGGAGAACGGCAAGCAGAUCAAGUCGAUGGACGCGGGGCCAGUGGAUGCCUGGACUUUGGCCUUUUCUCCCGAUUCCCAGUUUCUGGCCACAGGGACUCACGUGGGCAAAGUGAACAUUUUUGGUGUGGAGAGUGGGAAAAAGGAGUACUCUCUGGACACGAGGGGAAAGUUCAUCCUUAGCAUUGCCUACAGUCCCGACGGCAAGUACUUGGCCAGUGGAGCCAUAGAUGGAAUCAUCAACAUUUUUGAUAUUGCCACCGGGAAGCUUCUGCACACGCUGGAAGGCCACGCCAUGCCCAUCCGCUCCCUCACCUUCUCCCCGGACUCUCAGCUCCUAGUCACUGCCUCCGACGACGGCUACAUCAAGAUCUAUGACGUGCAGCACGCCAAUCUGGCCGGCACACUGAGUGGGCACGCGUCCUGGGUGCUGAACGUGGCCUUCUGCCCCGACGACACACACUUUGUCUCCAGUUCGUCCGACAAGAGCGUCAAAGUUUGGGAUGUGGGGACAAGGACUUGCGUCCACACCUUCUUCGACCAUCAGGACCAGGUCUGGGGAGUGAAGUACAAUGGGAAUGGCUCUAAGAUCGUGUCUGUCGGCGACGACCAGGAAAUCCACGUCUAUGACUGUCCGGUGUAGGGCCCGGCCUCCGGCUAGCUGCAGAAAGGCCCGGGCUGACUCCAUGUCCCACCACGCUGCCAGUGGUGUUUCCCAGGGCAAGGGAGGGCCACGCGGCGGUGCCUUCCCAUGUCUCGCUUUGGGCCAGGUGGCUUCUGCCUCACAUAAAGUGUCCGUGG